AUGGAGCUAGAUAACCUUCUAAAGGAAGAGAGACUGUCUGGAGCAUCCUUACUAAUUCUAGCAAAUAAACAAGAUAUUAAAGGCGCCUUAGCUCCGGAAGAAAUAGCUAAGGUGUUGAACUUAGAAAUUAUGGAUAAGUCUCGGCACUGGAUGAUAGUUGGAUGUAGUGCAUUCACCGGUGAGGGUUUGCUCGAGGGAUUUGAUUGGUUGGUCCAGGACAUAGCAUCUAGAAUCUACGUGCUCGACUAA